AUGGUCGACGAUUCAGCCUUGGCCGCUGCGGCGGCCAUCGUGCAGUCUUUUGCCGCCGACGGAAGCACCCCCAUGUCUCUUCCCUUCCGGAAGGACACGACGAGAAUCGAGCUUCCCGGCCGCGACACACCUGCCAAGCGCAGCCUCGAGCUCGAACUCGCCAAACUCGCCCAGAGAAUCGAUAAGCUUGAGAAUCGCGCCCACUCGGCCCCUACAGCCUUUCCAGAGACCCCCAACGAGGUCAACGACUCUCUCUUCGGAGAUGACCCGACUGGCACGUUCCCCUCCCUCGGCGGCCGAGUUCUGUCGCGACCCCAGUUGCAACGAGAAGCUCUCGAGAGCCUCCAAGAGAAGGUUCUCGACCAGGAGAAGGGUAUUUCUAGCGCCAGGGAAGAGAUCACCAGCGUCAGCGCCCAGCUGCUCGAACAGAAGGAACUGCAAGAGCAGGCGUUCUCUAGGAUCGAGCAGGACCGCGUCGCUAGGCUCGAGCGCGAACUAUGGAAACACCAAAAGGCCAACGAGGCCUUCCAGAAGGCUCUCCGAGAAAUCGGCGAGAUUGUCACUGCCGUCGCUCGUGGUGACCUCUCCAAGAAGGUCCGCAUGAACUCUGUCGAGAUGGACCCCGAAAUUACGACCUUCAAGAGGACGAUCAACACCAUGAUGGACCCCGCUUCAAGUCUUCUCCCAGCCAAGUAUCUCGAGUCGCCCGUGAAGUCGGGCACCCGAAAGUCUUACUCGGUCAACGUUAUGGCCCAGAACCUUACCGACCAAGGCGUCAAGGGCAUGUGGAAUGAACUCACCGUCAACGUCAACGCCAUGGCGAAUAAUCUUACGACGCAAGUGCGAGACAUCAUUGAAGUCACGACUGCUGUAGCCAAGGGUGAUCUUACGCAAAAGGUUCAGGCCGACUGCAGGGGCGAAAUCUUUGAGCUCAAGUCCACAAUCAACUCCAUGGUCGACCAACUGCAGCAGUUUGCUCGCGAGGUCACCAAGAUCGCGAGAGAGGUCGGAACUGAAGGAAGACUGGGUGGGCAGGCUACUGUGCACGAUGUUGAGGGCACCUGGAAGGAUCUCACCGAGAACGUCAACGGCAUGGCCAUGAACCUGACGACUCAGGUGCGAGAGAUCGCCCGAAUCACGACAGCCGUCGCCAAGGGCGAUCUUACCAAGAAGAUCGGCGUGCCCGCUCAGGGUGAGAUCCUUGAUCUCAAGAACACAAUCAACACCAUGGUGGACCGCCUCGGCACCUUUGCCUUCGAGGUCAGCAAGGUCGCUCGUGAGGUCGGCACAGACGGCACGCUCGGUGGACAGGCGCAAGUCAACAAUGUCGAGGGUAAAUGGAAGGACCUUACAGAGAACGUCAACACGAUGGCGUCCAACCUGACAUUACAGACCACACAAGUGCGAGCCUUCUCCGACAUCACGAACCUUGCUACCGACGGUGAUUUCACAAAACUAGUCGAAGUUGAGGCGUCCGGUGAAAUGGACGAGCUCAAGCGCAAGAUCAACCAGAUGGUGUCCAAUCUGCGAGACAGUAUUCAAAGAAACACCCAGGCAAGGGAAGCUGCAGAGCUCGCCAACAAGACAAAGUCGGAGUUCCUCGCCAACAUGUCGCACGAGAUUCGAACGCCCAUGAACGGCAUCAUCGGCAUGACCCAGCUGACCUUGGACACUGACCUGACGCAAUACCAGCGUGAGAUGCUGAAUAUCGUCAACAGUUUGGCUAAUAGUUUGUUGACUAUUAUCGACGACAUUUUGGAUCUGUCCAAGAUCGAGGCGAGGAGGAUGGUCAUUGAAGAGAUUCCCUACACACUCCGCGGCACCGUCUUCAAUGCCCUGAAGACCCUAGCCGUGAAGGCCAACGAAAAGUACUUGGACCUCACGUACAAGGUCGACAGCUCCGUUCCGGAUUAUGUUAUUGGCGAUUCUUUCCGUCUGCGACAGAUCAUUCUCAACCUGGUCGGGAACGCGAUCAAAUUUACCGAGCAUGGUGAAGUCAGCCUUACGAUCAAGAAGGCCGAUGAGCUCAAGUUCCCCUGCGGCCCCAACCAGUACGCAAUCGAGUUUGUUGUGACGGACACCGGUAUUGGUAUUGCCGCCGACAAGUUAGAUCUCAUCUUCGACACCUUCCAGCAAGCCGACGGAUCGAUGACCCGCAAGUUCGGUGGCACCGGACUUGGCCUGUCCAUCUCCAAGCGGCUGGUUAAGCUCAUGGGCGGUGAUCUGUGGGUGAAGAGCAACCACGGCAAGGGCAGCGCAUUCCACUUUACCUGCAAGGUCCGCCUGUGCGACGUUGGUUUCGAGUCGAUCGAGAAGCAGAUCAAGCCGUACAAGGGCCACCAAGUCCUUUUCGUGGAUAAGACGCAGACGGCUUACGGUAUGGAAAUUCGCGACAUGCUUGGCGCCAUUGGUCUCAUUCCCGUUGUUGUCGAUUCCGAGAAGAGCCCCUCCCUGGACAGGGUCCGCGGUAUGGCCGCCGCGUCCAUGCCUUACGAUGUCAUCAUUGUCGACUCCAUCGACACUGCGAGGAGACUUCGCUCGGUGGACGACUUCAAAUAUCUCCCCAUCGUUCUCUUGGCCCCCAUCGUCAAUGUCAGGAUGAAGGCGUGCUUGGACCUUGGCAUUACAUCCUACAUGACCACGCCUUGCAAAGCUGUCGACCUUGGCAACGGAAUGAUCCCGGCUCUUGAGAACCGUGCGACGCCUUCGUUGGCAGACAACACCAAGUCGUUUGAGAUUUUGCUGGCGGAAGACAACCGAGUCAACCAGCGUCUGGCCGUCAAGAUUCUCGAGAAGUACCACCACGUUGUCACGGUCGUUGGUAACGGUCACGAGGCUGUCGAAGCCAUCAAGCGAAAGAGGUUCGACGUCAUCCUCAUGGACGUGCAGAUGCCCAUCAUGGGAGGUUUCGAGGCCACUGGCAAGAUCAGAGACUACGAACGCGAGGCCGGCUCUCACCGAACGCCCAUUAUUGCCCUCACGGCACACGCCAUGAUGGGUGAUCGUGAGAAGUGCAUCCAGGCUCAGAUGGACGAGUACCUGUCGAAGCCGCUUCAACAGAACCACCUUAUCCAGACGAUUCUCAAGUGCGCAACCCUCGGUGGGCAGCUCCUCGAGAAGAACCGCGAGCGAGACCAGCCGCACAAGAAGGAGGACGCCGAUAAGAAGACGGAUGAUUCUAGCUCAAGCCUCCGGCCUUCGCUGGAGACCCGUGCUUUCACGUCUAGGGACCCGCUGGUAGGACAGGGUCUCGACAGCCCGGCCUUGGUGACUGCGGACCAGGAGGAUCCCAUCUCGAGAUUUCACUCGAUGAGGUCUCACAGCACCUAGGAUGAGGCGUCGCGAAGAGAAAAGCGCAAGUGGCCUUACGAACACGUCAGCUCCCCUGACGAAGAAAAGGCGCCCAGCAAACAACCACGGCUUUGAUCCUGGUACGGUCUGUUUGGCAUGACAAUAUCUUUAUACCAACCAGACCAGGGCCUUGGCACUUCAAGCUACUCUUCGCGGCACCACGAACACCAACAUGAAAGCCUUGCGCGCUCGAUGUCUUCCACCGUGUGGUGAACGUCGAAAAGCCGGCCAUGUUGAAAACGAAUCAAACUGGUCUUCUCUUGAAACCAUGCUUUUGUCCAAAAGCAACCUACAAACCCUUCACCUCUCCUCCCAUCCCAGAUUUGCCCACAAGAGCGCGACAUGGCAGCCCUCCGGCCGCCAUGGCCGACUUGUCGAAUGAAGCAUUAGCGCUUGCUUGGUCCCUUUGCCCUUCCCAGUUUCCGCAUACCAGGAUGUUUUGCGUACGAGACGGAAUAUGGUCCGGAACAUACAAACGAGUACAGUCCGGCUGGGCUGACUGCGAGUCACGGUCGUCCGCACGGGUACGGCUCUAUUCGUACAUGAAGCAUCACGUACCGCCCGCGAGCAAGACGAAACAACACGCAUCCGCAUCGCGUUGAUUUUGUCUGUGGUUCUCGUUGUAUCUCUUAUUUUUCCUUGUAAUUAUUCUUCCGUCCAAGGAACAACCCUCUGUCUCUGUGUAUGCUGGCUGCUUGCGGCGGUCGUGCUGUGGGACCCAGACGCGGUUCUCUUGGGGUUUCUGUUUCUCUCGUUCCGGUCACUGCUCGGGUUUCAUUGCUAUGGUGGGAUGUUUUGCUUUCCUCUUUUCUACUGACGGUGAACGAGUAUUUGACCCCGCCUUUUCCUUUGAGGGAAUCGAGGCAGGUGGCAUGCAAAGGAUGAAAGGGAGACGACGUGGGGAAAGGGAGGGUUUGGCUACCUAUGAACUCUCUUUCGCCCAAGUUAUGGACCUUGCGUUGGUGGGACGGAAUUAGGUUCUCAUGGUUGGCGUCUUGAGGGACUUGUCUUUUGUUCUUCUUCUUCUCUAACAACAAACCAUAUAUCCCAGCCACGUACGAGGCUGUUUCUACC